GCUUCUUAGCUGCGCCUGCGCGGUGCGCGGAGCAGGCGCAGUGGAGGUGCCGUUCGGGAAGGUUCGGCGGCGGCGUCUUCCUCGCAACCGCUUUCCUUCGCCCGGAGAAGCCGCUCAGGUGCCCACUUUCACCGCUGCCUCCUGCUCUUGCUGCUCCCGCUUUCAGCAUGGUAAAGAAGAACACUAUCCCCGACGGAUGGCGGAGUUUGACACCAGUUGGACAGCCCAUACCAGGAACUAGAUUUAUUGCAUUCAAAGUGCCUUUAAAAGGGGCAAUUAACCAGAGACUUACACCAACCCAGAAAUUUACACCAAAAGAUCUUAUUGCUGGAAUGAAAGCCCUAAAUGUGGAACUUGGAUUAAUUAUCGACUUAACGUAUACCACACGAUACUAUGAAGUUAAGGAUUUACCUAAAAGUGUGCAGUAUAAGAAACUUUAUACUGUUGGACUUGAAGUCCCCGAUAAUGCUACUAUUCUACAAUUCAAAAAAUGGGUCAGAAAGUUUCUUUGGGAAAAUGCAGGAAAUGAUAAACUCAUUGGAGUUCAUUGUACUAAUGGAAUUAAUAGAACUGGUUACCUUAUAUGUAGAUACCUUAUUGAUGUUGAAGGUUGGGAUCCAGAGACAGCAAUUCAAGCUUUUGGUGAAGCUCGAGGCCAUCGUAUGGAUGGUCUAGUAUAUCUUGCAGAUCUCAGAACUCAACCUAUGAGAAGUAACCUUGGAAUGGAUGUAUGGGAUUCUGAUGACAUUAUGCCCCCACCAAUUGUGAUGGAAGGACCUGUAGAUAGGUUUCCAAAUGAAGAUUUCCAUGGACCUGGGAAAAGAUUACGAAUUUAUGAUGACCACUCUCAUGAUGAUUUGCAAGGGCAGUUGCAGUUGAAAAAUUUUGAUUUCAUUAACAAAGGACCUGGACAAAGACGAAGACCAUUUCCUGAUCACCAGUCUCAGGAUGAUUUACGAGCCCCAAUGCAAAUGAGAAAUUGGGACUACAACAGAGGACCUGGGCAAAGGAUAAGACCUUUUCCUGACCACCAAUUUUAUGAUGAUUAUCCAGAAGAAAUGCAGCUGAAGGAUUUAGAUUUCUGUAACAAGGGACCUGGACAACGACUGAGACCUUUUCAUGGCCACCAGUCUUAUGAUGACCUGCAGGCAGACAGGCGGUCAAGAGACUUUGAAUUUAAUAGGGGCCAUGGACAAAGGCAAAGAACCUUUCCUGACCACGCCUCUCACAGUGACUUACAAGGAGACAUGCAGCCAAAAGACUUUGAUUUUGUCAACAGGGGUCGUGGCCAGAGGCAAAGGCCUUUCCAUGACCAUCAGUCACAUGAUGAGUUUCAACCACAGAUGCAACUGAAAGAUUUAGAUUUCAUCAACAAGGGGCCUGGUCAGAGAUUGAGACCUUUUCGUGAGUACGAAUCACAUGAUGAUUUACAACCACAGAUGCAGCUGGGAGAUUUUGAAUUUGUUAACAGGGUUCAUGGGCAAAGACUGAGACCUUUUCAUGAUCACCAGCCUUGCAGUGACUUGCAGAAGGAAAUGCAGUUAAAAGAUUAUGAUAAUAAAGGGCCUGGACAAAGAUACCGACCUUUUCAUGAUCAUCAGCCAUAUGAUGAUCUACAAGAGCAGCAGCAGUUGAACAAUUUUGAUUACACUAAUAAGGGACAUGGACAAAGGUUACGUCCUUUUCAUGACCGUCCAUCCCAUAAUGACUUGCCACAUGAAUGGUGUUCAGACAGAAAUCAAGCUUUUUCAUCCUAUGAAAAUGUACAAGAACCUCAUUUUUCUUCUUCUCCUUCACGUCACAGAGAUUAUGGAUCAGAUAAUGAUGAUUUCAGUAGAUGUUACAGUAAUAGGCCUACCUGUCCUGAAGACAGUAGGAGAAUACAUCCUUCAGAAGAAUUUAACAGAGCUGGGAAAAAUCGAUUUGCACCAUAUUCUUCACGCACAAUGAAUCCUUCCUCAUCCAUACACCAGAAAGAUACUUCAACAGACUAUGAAAGAAAACCUUUUCAUGGUGAAACUAGCAGAGAAAUGGAACAAGGCAAAAGAUUACCUGUUGUAACAGUUGAUUACAAUUAUGGUUUGCCAUUAGAUUAUGGACCUGAAGAGGAGGAAGGAAUGCAUUAUGAUUUACCUUCAAGAGAUCGCUACAGCUGGAACUGAAUAAGAAGAAAGUAUUUGUUCUGCAUAAACUUGUAUAUGUACCCACUUCCCUUUUUGUGGACCAAUAUUUUUUCUUUUACAAAUUAGAAAAAUACAAAUUUCCAUGUUAAAGAAAACUUGUCUCUAUUAUAAGACUAGUUUCUACUGAUGUGUUUUGAGUCUUUAUAUUUACAAAAUAGUGUGUAUUUGUUAAAGUAUAUUUGGAGACCAGUUCCUCUAUACACAAAAAACAGUCCUUGCUUUUAGUGAAAUUGGAACCUCAUCACCUAAAACAGACACCUCUCUGAUUGAAUAGUAGUGGUUGUAUCUUUUGUUUUAACUUUCUUAAGAUGUACAUAAUUUCAAGAUGCGAAACUUGUAAUAAAAGCU